UGUGGAGCUAAGCUGGAUACUUCUUAGGCUCCCUGUAAUUUUCUAUUCAUAUUCCUCACUUCUUCCCUCAUUUGUAAAAUUGAUCAAGAUGAACAAGUUUCUUCUCCUGAGCUUUUCUGUUCUGCUCUUCUGCACAGUUGCGCAAGGCCUCGUCUGCAAAGUUUGCAAAUUCAAAGUUGGCAAACUCUGUUUCGCUUCUGAAGAUCCCUGCAAAGCUGACUACGGUCAAUAUUGCGAAUCAACUAAAGUUUAUACAGGUCACUUGAUGCUCUUCUCAAAGCAUGGCUGUGGGAAGAUGCCUGAGCUUUGCAACAAGACCGAGCAGAGGGAUAAUGUCUUUGACAUGAGCUACAACCGUACUUGCUGCAAUUAUGACUUGUGCAAUGGGGGCGUGAUCAGCAACCCCAGCCUCCCACUCUUAGCUGGACUCAGCUUGGUCUUGGGGUGGUGGCUGACCCAUUAACAGUGAAAACCGACCAUGAGGCUCUUCUUGUCGUCCUACUCUGAGAGAAAACUAAGAACUUUUUCUUUUGUCCCCUUGACCUUCUGUUCUCUGAAGACCAAGACUUUUUCAGCUCCCCCCCCCUCACAAACACACACACGGAAUUCAAACUAUAUGUCAUUUCAAUGACCACUUUCCUACAUCAACUUGUGAACUUCCAAGUCAAACCCAGCCCACCAGCCAUGUAGGGUAGCUACCAGGAGCUCAGUCAACCCCCUGUUUUUCUUGCCUACCUUGGCAAACAGCUGAGAGGCCGCAAUGCAUAACUGGCAGGUUAUGUUUUGCCUUAGUGUGACACAAGGUCUCCAUUCAUGUCAACUAUGUACACCAAGGCCUGUUUUGAUGUCACCUUACCCAUCAUCCACAUACCAACCAACUUUUGAAAAUCCAAAUACAGGAGAUAAUGGGGUCCCUCCCGCCCCAAAGCCUUCAUCUUCCCUCCCUCUAAUCAACCAGCAAUGAAAGUAAAGCCAAAAAGAAAAGUUGCAUGCAUCACUGUGUGCAUUCAUCCAAUUCAUAUUCUGGAAUGCAUUAAGAUGCUCCAUAUUGUUAUGCCUCUACUUCAAAGUCUUAUCUGCCUGCAUGGUCUUAAAUCCCAGCUUUGCAGAAGCUCAGAAGUAGCCAAAUUUCUUUUACAUAACUUGCAAACUAGAUGAGGACUUUGAAGCAAAGGACGAUUUGAGUAGAAUUUCACAUUUGUUCUGAACAUCCAUCACCCAAAAUAUAAAGAGAGGUUCGUGUGUUUUCUCUUUUCCAUCUUUCCAGGAAAUUGAUUUUUCCCAUCAUGAGGCUGACAACUGAUCAAAUAUUGAACUUAAGCUGCUGUCUGGGCACCCAGAAUUUUCUAGAAAUGGAGGCACCAUUGACUGUUGUAAAUUCAUCUACUGAAAUCGAACUUUCUCAUUGUUUCAUUGGGGGCUUAUGUUGCAGCUUAUGAUGGUCAGCUGGGAAGUCUGAGCAUUUAUAGCAGAAUAUGGCUUUGAAUGUUAAUUCUAGAAACUUGACUUCCUAACUCUACUUUUGAACAGAAGUGUGGAACUAGGUGUUAUGAGAACCAAUGAGCUGUGACUGUGUUGGGUCUCUUUCUCUGUUUCUUCCUGAAGAUAUUUAGUGUGACAUAAUGCAUGAUGUGUGCUAUUAUCAUGCUGUGAGGUGCCCUGCCUUCAGUUCACAUCACGGAUCAUUGGUAUGGGAGUCAAGAAAUGCGUAGUGCAGGAACAUCCCAUCAUAAGGCAUGCUGUACUAGACAUUAUCAGGAAAAAGUGUACAGACACACAACAAGGCUAUACUCAUGACUGUAAGACAGGCGGGCAGGCAGGUGGGUGGGAGGGAAGGCAGGGUGGAACCUACCUCCCCCCUAGACAAUCAAUGUAUGUUCCCUUUGGUGUGCCACCACACGCCAAAAGCAGUGCACAUCUCUGGAGACUGGGACAUUUUCCGACCUCCGGGAAUCCCACAAUGCACCAUGCAAUGAGCGCAGUGCAUUGGGAGAUUCCCCCCAGAAGCUGAGCACUCUAGGCACCCAACUCUGUGUAUGACCAGGCUGUGUGCAGCUAGAGCAUACACAUGACCUUGGCAUCAAGGUUAAGGGCGCACUCACACUCUUGACCCUGGCUAAAGGCCAGAGUCAAAGCAGGGUUAAGCUAGGUUAAAUUAGGUGGCAGUCCAUGUCAGUUGUAACAUCUAGUACUUCAGAACAUUUGAGGGAAACAUCUGACCCAGUUUAUAUGGUCUUGUAUCCUUGUCAUCUCUUCUUUCUCUCCUUUAUCAUUUAAUUUCUGAUCUCUCAGUAGGCAGCACAGCAGUUAAAAAGCUAAGACAAAUGAAAUGGCACCAAACCAAGUGUGGAUCUGUUACAUCUUCCUUUUUGAUGGGUUUUGUGAUGAAGUUCAGAGAUCACUUCUGUAAAGACCUCUGUGUGUGUGUGUGUGUGUGUGUGUGUGUGUGUGUGUGUGUGUGUGUGUUUGAAAAAAACAUUCACAUGUAUGUAAAAAUUAAUAUAAAACACUUUCUGAUGAGCCUCCCCACCACCAUAUUCUUCUGGGAAAGCACAGAACAUAAGAACAGCCCUGCUGGAUCAGGCCCAAGGCCCAUCUAGUCCAGGACCCUGUUUCACACAGUGGCCCACGAGAUGCCACUGGGACUGUUACUCCCCUGCAACAGGUACUCAGAAGCAUUCUACCUUUGAGGCUGGAGGUGGCCUAUAAUCUCUCCGACUAGUAGCCGUUGAUAGACCUCUCCUCCAUGAAGUUAUCCAAACCCCUCUUAAAGCCAUCCAGGUUGUUGGCUGUCACAUAUUUUGUGGCAGAGAAUUCCACAAGUUGAUUAUGCAUUGUGUGAAAAAGUUGGCAUUCUGGAGAGCUUGUUUUGAAAACGUUUAAAAGUGUGUGUGUUUGUGUUCAUUAUGUUCAUACCACAUUGUUUUCAUACCACAUUUUUCAUUUGUUCAUACCAGAAAUCUGUAUUGGUUUUGUAUUACUCUAACAGGCAUGGCUUCCCUCAAAGAAUACUGGGAAUUGUAGUUUAGUGAGGUGCUAGAAAUUGUGUUAGAAAUCCUUAAUCUCCCCCCAGAACUAUAAAUCCUAUGGUUCUAUAGGAAGGUGAAAUAACUGUUAAACUAGCUUAAGUCUGUGGUGCAGAUAUCCCCUCAGUGCUGGAGAGCUUCUUCUUUUCUGCAGAUGACCAGCAAAAUUGGCUUUGUUAUGACAGGAGCACUGUUGAGGCAAUCGUAUAUUUUUAAAAUGCAAUUCAAAGAAAAUUGCCAGAUUCCCUGGGCUACAAAACAGCAGAGAAUUUUUGAGGGAAGCCAAGCAACUUUCUUUUAAACAAGUAAAAUUAAUUUCUCUUGAGGGUUUUGUGCACUAUGAUUCCAAGUUCUUCCAAAUUUCUUGCUUGUAUUAUGACUAAUUACCCUUUGAGUGGCUCUGGUCCAUUUGUAGUGCUGAAGUGUGGACUUUAUCUAGAGCAAGGCCACAUGAUCUCCAUUUUGUCUGAUCUUAUUUAUCUAUGAUGAGACAAAUAAUGGAGUGGAUCUAAAAGAAGAGGGGAGUUGAGCUGUGUGUUGCCACCUCUAGCUGAAGGAUACCUGCCUUAUGUCUGCUGUGCAGUGUUAUGCAAUAUUGUCUUCAGUUUGAUUUGCAUUGAGAAAGUGGAUGUUUCAGAAAGAUAAAAGCAUAU